AUGGCCAAGUUACACCUGGCAAAUGACCUGGCCGAAAAGACCAGGGUGUAUGCUAAAUCGCGCGCUCCGCCGCCUCGAUACUCCGACGUGUACCCGUCUGGUCCUCUGAACAAGAUCGCUGGCGUUCGUCUCCCCAAUAAGCCCUCAUCAACCCUUUGGGACAUUUCGAUCGAAGAUGGCCGGAUAUCAGCUGUUGACCCCCACGACUUUGAGUGCUCCCGCCGCCACCCACUGCCAGGCGUCCUGGAUGGCUCAAACAGACUGCUCUCGCCGUCCCUAUGUCACGCCCACAUCCAUCUAGAUAAAUGCUUCCUGCUUCAGGAUCCAAAGUUCUGUGAUCUGCAGAUCGAGAAGGGAGACUUCCAAGAAGCAAUGGACAUGACAAGUAAAGCGAAAGCCAGAUUUGAGGAAGACGAUCUUUUGAGAAGAGGCCGCCAGCUCAUUGAAGAGAGCAUCCAUUAUGGCGUGACUGUCAUGAGGGCGUUUGUAGAGGUGGAUGGCAGUGUCCGAUUCAAGUGUCUUGACGCUGGCCUGAAACUGAAAAAAGAGUUUGAGGACCGCUGCGAGAUCCAGAUCUGUGCUUUUGCCCAAUUGCCGUUGUUCUCCGGGCAUGAUGGAGGAGAGGAAGUCAGGAGGCUGAUGACUGAAGCCACGCAUCGGGAAGGUGUAGAUGUUGUAGGGAGCGCGCCGUACGUGGAGCUGGACGAGGUCAAAAUGAAAAUGAAUGUGCGCUGGAUUUCCAUGAUGGCCUUAUUCAAUGAGAAACCCCUUGAUCUGCACCUAGAUUACUUUCUCGAGGAAAACAAACAGCCACUCGUCUGGGCCGCGUUAGACAUCAUUAAGGGCAGAAACUGGGUCGAGAAAGGAGGCAAACAGAUCACCUUGGGUCAUUGCACUCGCUUAACACGGUUCAAAGAAGAGGAUUGGCAGCGUUUGAAACAAGACAUCGGUAACCUUCCCGUUGCAUUUGUCGGGUUGCCGACCUCAGAUCUCUUCAUGAUGCGGACUCCAGAGAGUUUACGCGGGACGCUUCCGGUGGUCGAGAUGAUAGAGAAGUACGGGUUUAACGCUGCUAUUGCAGUGAACAACGUUGGAAACGCGUUUACGCCUCAGGGUACCUGCGAUCCGCUGAGCAUUGCGAGUCUGGGGGUGGGGCUUUACCAGGCGGGGACGAAGAAGGUUGCAGAAAUAUUAUAUGCAACCGUCUCAUCGCGAGCAAAGACCGCCAUUAACUGUGAGUCAACAUCUCUCGCACUGGCUACUGGAGAACCAGCCGACUUUGUCUUGUUUGAUAGGAUGGAUACGGGAUGGCGGUGUAAGAAGAGCAUUGCAGAAGUGGUGUAUGAUGCAGGCACGGCUCGACAAACGAUCCGGCGUGGCCGAGUGACAGCAUUCUGA